CAUUUGACAACUGAGUGUUUGAAUGUUGCUUACCAUUAAAGCAGCAUUCGUAGCACUUCGAUCGAUAAAUCCCUGCAGGUUCAUUGUUUGUCAACAAAACACUCUCCGUCCGUCUCACAGCAGUCGGCCAUUUUUUGUAGUCAGUGUCGCUCGCCGCAGGUUUGCUUGUUCCGCUGUCCCUUUAAAAGGCGCUCGCUCAAUAGAAGAUAUGGAGAAAAAAGCGUUUGAACGUCUGCCAACGAAUGUAAAGCCAGUGAACUAUGAUUUGCGUCUACAGCCCAACCUUGAAGCUUUCACAUUCACAGGGACGGAGGACAUAAGUUUGGAGAUAUGCAAUCCAACAAAUGUUAUCAAGCUCAAUUCUGCUGAAAUCAAAGUCCAGGAAGUGAAAUAUAAUGGAAAGGAAGGAGAUGUAACUGAUGUUCAGAUUGCUUACUCAGAAGAAGAGGAAAUUUUAUCCUUAACAUUUCCUAAACAACUACAGGUUGGGCCUGGAAAACUUCAUUUCAGCUUCACUGGUAUUUUAAAUGAUAAAAUGCGAGGAUUUUAUCGCAGUAAAUAUACCCAUCCCAAUGGAGAGACAAGGCAUGGGGCAGUCACACAGUUUGAGGCAACAGAUGCCAGGCGUGCUUUUCCAUGUUGGGAUGAGCCAGCAGUGAAGGCUACAUUUGAUGUCACUCUGGUCGUCCCCAAGGACAGGGUGGCUCUCUCAAAUAUGCCAGUCGAAUCUGAGACUGCUUUGGAAUCCGAUUCCAACCUGAAGGUUUUAAAGUAUGGCCGCACACCUGUGAUGUCUACCUACCUGCUGGCGUUUGUUGUGGGAGAGUUUGACUAUGUGGAGGCCAAGGAUGCUGACAAUGUCUUGGUCCGGGUGUACACUCCUCUGGGAAAGAAGGAACAGGGACAGUUUGCCUUGGAGGUUGCCACGAAGACACUACCUUUCUACAAGGACUAUUUCAAAAUACCUUACCCACUCCCCAAGAUGGACCUUAUUGCCAUUGCAGAUUUUGCUGCAGCCAAUGAUUCAUCACUGUGGAAAGUCCCAGUGAAGAUUUGUACUGCCAGUAGCCCUAGCAUUCCUGUCAAAAUUUUGUUACUAGAGGAAAAAUCUGCCACUGUGGUCCUUGAGAAUGUGAAGCCUGAAGACUGGGUUAAGGUGAACCCAGGCUCUGUGGCAUUCUACCGUACCCAGUAUUCCACCACUAUGUUGGAGGCACUACUCCCUGGGAUCAGGAGUCAUGCACUUUCACCCAGAGACAGACUCGGAUUGCAGAAUGAUCUCUUUGCACUGGCCAUGGCUGGGACCAUCUCCGCUGUCGAUGUCUUCAAAGUCCUGCCAGCAUUUGAAACAGAAGACAACUACACAGUGUGGUCCGACCUGGCCACCAACCUGGCCAACAUGGCUGUUCCUUUGCAGUACACGGAUUUCUUCGACUCCUUCAAAGCAUUUGGAUGCAAGCUGUUUGAUAAGAUUGCACAGAAACUUGGUUGGGAUCCCAAACCAAAAGAGAGUCACUUGGAUGCCAUGUUACGUGGUCUGGUAUUGGGCAGAUUGGGUACUUAUGGUCAUGAGGCAACAGUGGCAGAGGCGAGGAAAAGAUUUCAGGCACAUGCAGAGGGCAGUACUAUACUUCCUGCUGACCUAAGAGGACCAACUUAUACUGUAGUGUUAAAGCAUGGAGAUGAUAAAGUAUUUGAACAAUUACUCAAGUUGUUUCGAGCUGCAGACUUACAUGAAGAGAAAGUGCGUAUCAUGAGAAACCUGGGAGCAGUGAAGCAAGACCAUCUUAUCAAGAGAGUGCUGGAGUUUGCAAUGUCGGAAGAAGUGCGUUCCCAGGACACAGUUUUUGUUGUAGGUGGCGCAACAGGGACAGUUGAGGGUCGCGAACUGGUCUGGACAUUCCUGAAGGACAAGUGGGAUGUCCUCUAUGAACGCUACGGACGGGGUUUCCUACUGGCAAGACUUAUCAUGUUUAGCACAGAGAAGUUUGCCUCUGAAGAAAAAGCGAAGGAGAUUGAGGCUUUCUUUAAGGAGCACCCAGCCCCGGCUGCAGAACGUACAAUACAGCAGUCUUGUGAAAACAUCCGACUGAACGCCGCAAUGCUGGAGAGGGACGCUGAAAACAUUCGAGCUUUCUUGAAAAGCCAGGCAUGAUUGACACUUAUGGUUACAUGUACAACAUAGAAAAUCAAAUUAUGUAAUCCCAAUGACGUUCAAAGAAAAUUUUGCCUGCUUCUUUUUGGUAGUGCAAGGUGAAUUAUUUUACUGAAGAAUAUUUUGCUUAUGUUCUUGAAUAAUAUAUAUCUGGCCACAGAAGUUGGUAUGCAAGUGACCCACCCGCACUCACUGUGAUCAGAGGGAAAUGAGUUGACAUAAAUACAGAUCAGAGACAUUAAUGAAUUAUAUUUAUCGCUUGAUAAUGUGGUGUUCUCUGGGAAAUACAGCGCUGAAAAAUAUAAUUAUAUACCAACA